UUCCGUAUUGAAAGCGGGGGCGGGGCAAUUGCUAUGGAAACGAAGUCAAACAAGUUUGUGCACGUUUCCUUUGCCGGAUCAGGCACCACACUGGACAAUGGCCAAAGAGGUUUCCUUCCUAGACAGUCCCCUAACUACAGAUGACAAAAUAAGCAAACAUUAUCAGCGAGAUCUGCAAAAGACUCUCCUCUUCAAGAUGGCCUGCAGGACAUUUGGCCCUCCAACGUCAAGGAGACGACAGAUCAUAGCUCCCCCUAUGGAACAACUGGUGCCUGGAACCUCAGACCCAGAUGGGGCUUUAUCUAAUGUCUCGAGCAUCAGUACUAAAGCAAUGAGUGAUACUGUAACAAGUCAGGAAGGGGAGGCUGUUCAGAGCUGUGCUGACUGGAUAGCAGAGAGGAAGAAAUUUCGUGCCCAGCUGGACUGUAUGGGAGACUUAAAGAAGUGGUUUCAAGGAAAACCAUUCCUCACUGAGCUAGAAUGCCGAGUGGAAGAGAGGAUAACCGAUAAACGUUCUCAGAGCCAUGUAUGCUUUACAACCUUGCCAGACACGAUUAUUAGUGGGAUGUCUCAGAACACAGAUCACAGCAUUAGAAAGAGCCCCCAGAGCGGAAUGGCCAGACCCUCUAUCAAGCAGCCUAACCCGGAUGCACUGGCCAUUUUGGAUCAGUAUCUGAGAAAACACCAUUUACGUCUGGUAGAUCUGUACAAUCAGACAGAUAAAGGCAAAAUGAAGAAAAUUUCCAGCAGUGACCUGAAAGCUGUGAGGAAAGAGGCUGCAAUUCCAGUCAGUGACAUUCAGUUUGAUAACUUGGUCAUCUCACUCAGUAAUAAAGAUCCCAAUUAUAUAAACUACAAGGAGCUUUCUAAGGGAAGGCAUCAGUGGAAACUACAGAACAGGAAAGGGUCUAGAGGAUGGAUGACCGCCAAGUCAGCGUCACUUGCUGGCCAGCGUGCGAACAUAAGAAGACUAAGUGAGUGCCAGUCAGUACUAAGGAUGCCUCAGAAAGCAGAACAAAAUGUGGUCCAGCAUGCUGCAGAGACACCCGUUUCGAAAAGUGGGAUAUGGAAUCCACAGGCAGCAUCCAUUUCAGGGAAGAGUGAACAAAGUGAGGGAAGCCAGUUUCUACAGGUGCCUUCAGUUAGUCUGGAUGAGAGGAGGCCCAUGACAUAUGAAGACAUGGAGGAAAUUGGAAAGGGCUAUAGGGAAACAAAGCGUAGAGCCAAGAGUAACACUCGAUUGUUAGAGUGGUUGGAGCAGUGCCGCUUGGUACGCUCUGGCAAUGCUGCUGUGGAUUCACAUUCGGUCCCCUCUACGCUAGAAGAUGAGGUUAGCGAGACAGUCAAUAGGUACAGAAGGCAAUGCCUUGAGCAAUAUCAUCAGAUCCUAGAGCUUUGCCAGAACCAUGGAGUGUCCUUGUCAGAAUGCUUACUGGAAAAAGCUUUACUCUAUCCUGGGGAUAAACUGAUCUGUGAUUCAGGACAACAGCUCAGACAACUGAGACAACCUGGGACAACUCCUGCCAACAGUAAAUAUUUUAAAAAGAGACAAACUUCAGUAAAGGAAAACCACAGGCUGGGGAGGGAGGCGUGGAUCAUUCCUCUAAAAGGGUCUCCCAGAGACACACAGACAUCCAUCUCUGUAAGCGGUUUUCAUAAAAACAUUCCCAGCUCAACACCAUACCCACCAGAACAAUAUGUGAACCGGGUCAGAGCCAAAGUACGGGGGAGCAAAGAGGCUGGGAUGGAAACCAUGAAUUGCUGGAUCACAUUUGAACAGUUUCAGGACAUGAUCGGCAAUGUUGUGAAGAGAUACCCUCACUGCUUCCUGACCUCUGAGGAGAAUGCGUUCUGGCCAGGACAACUUUUGGAUAAACUCCGCGUCUAUCUGCCAAAAGUGUCUCCGAGUGGCCUCAAACAACCAGUAGCAGCAACAGUUACAUAAUCAUCAUUUCAUCCAAAAGACUUUCCCUUGCCAAAAGAAUUGACUUUAAAUUCAACAUGCAUUGAAUUUAAACAAUAAAUAAAGAAAAAUUAGCAUCA